AUGGCGCUGCUGUCUGUGCAGGUGAUUGUGGCCAUUGCGCUGGGUGCGGUGGCCCUGGUUGCGGCGCUGCUGCUGUGCUUCCUCCUGCGCUUCCUGAAGAAGCGUUCGGGCUCAUCGGGCCAGGUGGGCGUGCUCGACCCGUUCAACCAGUCGACGCAGGAGGUCAGCUUCACCACGGAGCUUGGCGACGACUCGAUCCACGACCCGGAGGCACUGGAGGCGGGCCGCGACAGCAGCUUCGCGUUCGGGCCAUCCCACGCCGCACACUUCUACGCGCGAGCAGCUCUGCGCGCUGGCGAUGGCGGCACCGCUGACGCCGCUGACGCCGCUCCGCCGACCUCUGGGUGGAGCAGCGAGGACGACAACUUGCGCAAGCUGAAAGGGCAGGCGUGGGCCGAGGAAGCGUGGAUGGGACAAGGCAGCGAGGCCUUUGGUAGCAGCCCUGUUCCGCGCGAGUGGGAUGCGCCAGCGACGCCUGCGGUGCAACCCAGGCCAUCGCGACCUAGCACGCUGCACCGCCACGAACGUCCGCCGAUGCCCGAGAUUGACGAUGAGCUGUUCACACCGCAGUUGUUGCGGUCCAUUGCAGCGCUGGACGCGCCCCAGGACGAGUUCUUCCUCGUCGUCGUCCAAGCCGAGCCGGGCCUCCUCGUCGCACAGCCGCGUGUGCUGACGUUCCCGGCAGUGCCCGGAUUUGACGGUCUCGGCAUCUCCCUCGCCGGCGCCAAACCGGUCCGCAUCAUGACCGUCGACCCAGAGAGUCCGGCGGAGCUCGGCGGCGCCAUCGUCGGCGACUGCAUCUUGCAGAUCAACGGACAACCGUGUCUCGAUCUUCCGCACCAGCGCGUCGUCCAGCUGAUGGCAGACGAGCUGAAUCUCAUGCGAACGGUGACGGUGAACGAUACGGACGACAUUGAGGAAAUUGACAUGGACAUCGACCUGCAACUCGAUGAUGUUGAUGACACCACCACCAACACCACCCAUCGCGGUCGUGGUCGCAGUGGUGGUGCACCGGUUGAUGAGCAGACGCAGGAGUGGGUAAAGGCGCUGCCGAAGCGAACAGAUGUCACUAACUUGCACACCCGCGCAUUCGAGAUGCAGGCGCUGGCGUCUGAACUUCUGACCAACGGCGAAUACGCGCGCGCCGAGCGGCUGCUCAACCAGGCAAUGGGCGUCCUCACCCAACUUGAGGAGAAACAGAGCCAAUCCAGGCAACAAAAGCAGCAGCAGCAGCAGCCGCAGCGACAACAACAAACGGUGGCUCUUGCGUUAUCAGCACGCCGAGUGCGCGCGGACCUGGCGUCCGCCCCAACAUCAAGUCCUCUUCGACCGACUCCGCACCGGACAGCACCGCCACCGCCGACACGCCCACUGCACACGCGCGCGAGCACGAAGCGCAUGAGCAGAAUGGACUCGGCGAAGAAGCAGCUGCUGAAGAUGGACAGCAGCAGCAUCAGCAGCAGCACGACUUCGCCGUCCAAACCGCUAUCGAAGACGCCAUCCAAGGGUCGUACGAAGGGUCACGCGAAGGGUCGCACGUCGUCACCACCGUCAGCAGCGUUUUCAACCACCGCGUACACGACGACACGUGGCAGCAGCGCUACGACGCGUGGACAGGCCACACGCGCUGCAGCGCGACUGCUGGAGAGCCCGACGAUGGGGAUUCCGUUUCCAGGACUCGUGCUGCUUGACAGCGAACAACAACAGCAGUCACAACAACAUGAGCAGCAGCAGCAUGCGAGUCCACUGCGCCCUCGUGCUGUCGGCGUUGGUUUGCCUUCGCCGCGGCGUCGCAUCGUCUCGCUGGCAGACGUCCCUCUCUCACCACGCAAACACACGCACGCGCACGCGCAUGGUGGUGAUGAACAGCCACAGCAACGGGGGCAGCAACAGCAGCAGAAGGUGCAGAAGGGUCACAAGGGUCACGAUCACAGCCAUAAUGGCAAUCACCACCGACCACGUCACCAACGCCGCAUGGAUGUGUUCCGGAAUGCACAUCCGCACGUCCGCACUGAACGCGCUCUCAACAAGGACGCGGCACCCGGUGGCGAAAUGUUCCGACCAAUCCGGACAGUUCCUGUUUCUUCAUUUGGAGGCGGACACCACCACCACCACCACCACCACCACUCACGUCCGUCCACAGUGACGCCCCGCCCACCAGCGACGCUUCGCCGCGGCCGACCGACCACGCAGACCCCGACCGCGCCUGCCGGUGCGCGUGUGUCCUCGCUCGAAUUCGUGCGGAGGGCGUCAUCGCGAUUCGUUGUUCUCCUUCCCGGGCACCACACCGGUGGCACGGAUACAGACGUGCUCGAGCAUGACACGACACUGCACCACAACGAUGGUCAUGGUCAUGGUGGUCAUGGUGGUCAUGGUGGCGAUGAUGGGAGUCGUGGUGAUAGCGGCACGAGUAGCGGUGGAAGCAUGCACGGUGCAGCGACAGCCGAUGCUGGCAGUGGUGGUGGGUAUGGUGACGUGCGCAAGGGGGCAGCAGCGCUUGCAGCAAUACACAAACCAACGGCUGUGCUGCCAAAGCCAACAACCCAUCAUCACCACCAGCACCACGACAACAACAACAAGAGCAACCGCAACAACAAGAGCAACAGCAACGCUGACGGAAGCAACAACAGCAGCAACCAUACCACCACUACCACCACUGCCGCUGCUGCUGCUGCCAUCACCCUGACCCCUGCGCGUGGCGGCGUGUCGCGUCGUGCGUCGAUGCGGGAUGAACUGAAGCAGCAGCAGAAGCGCUUGGACGCGUGGAUGGCAGAGGAUCCAGGCAACAUUGUGUAGAUAUCGUGAUGUGUGUGUGAUGUGUGUGUGUGUUGUGUGUGUGUGUGUGUGUGUGUGUGUGUGUGUGUGUGUGUGUGUGUGUGCAGAGAAUGCGUGAUGCAGCGAGAGAUAUUUUUGUGCACUUCUUCUUCUUCUUUCUUGUGCUCGUUUGUACAUGUGUCUGCUGACCUCGUGUGCGAUGUGUGUGCGACCCUCUGGUAGUGGCUGGGCCACGAAGUAAACAAACCAACUUGUGCA